AUGGAGACUCUCGACUUUGCCGUAAUCGGCGCUGGCUGGUAUGGCUUGGCCGCGGCCAAGACUCACCACCAGCUUCAUCCGCAGAACUCGCUGGCCGUCUUCGAUCAGUCGCCGACGGCGGGCGGCGUGUGGGCUGAGCACCGCCUUUACCCGGGCUUGAAGAGUAACAACAUGCUCGGGACCUAUGAGUACCCCGACUUUGCCAUGGACUCGGAGACCUUUGGCGUUCUUCCGGGACAGCACAUUCCGGGAAAGGUCCUGCACGAAUAUCUCACCCAGUACGCCAAGAACUUUGGCAUCUUUGACAAGAUCCGUUUCCAGCACAAGAUUCUCUCGGUCGAGCACCAAGAGACCGGAGGUUGGAUUCUGACGAUUUUUGACGACAAGGACGGCAGAGAGAUUCAAGUUCUAGCUAAGAAGCUUGUUGUUGCGACUGGUCUGACCUCUCAGGCUUUCUUGCCUGACUUUGAGGGCCAAGAAACCUUUGGUGCACCAAUCUUUCAUGGAAAGGACUUUCUCCAGCAUGCUGACACGCUUGAGACGUCUAAGCGUGUUACUGUAUUUGGUGGCACCAAGUCGGCUUGGGAUCUGGUGUACGCAUAUGCUACAAAGGGCAUUGCGGUAAACUGGGUCAUCCGAGAGUCCGGCCAUGGCCCAGUAUGGAUGGCACCGCCAUAUGUUACACCGUUGAAGAAGUGGCUCGAGAAGCUUGUCCAUACACGCGCGUUGACUUGGUUCAGCCCCUGCGCCUGGGGUGAGGCCGACGGCUACAACAAGACGAGAAACUUCUACCACGGCACCGCCAUCGGUCGUGGCAUCGUCAACAACUUUUGGAGCGUCCUCGGCAACGACGUCAUUACGCUAAACAAGUACGACUCGCACCCUGAGCUGAAGAAGCUGAAGCCUUGGUGCGAAGCCAAGCAUGUCGCGUCCAGUUUAUCGAUCUUGAACUACGAGACCGACUUUUUCGACCUCAUUCGUGAUGGAAAGGUCCAUGUGCACGUCGCUGACAUCGUGAAGUUGUCGCCUAGAGCCGUCCAUCUUUCCGACGGAUCUGCACUUGAGUCGGAUACUCUUGCCUGUGCGACUGGAUGGAAGCAGUUCCAGCCAAUCAAGUUUUUGCCUGUCGGUAUCGAGAAAGACCUUGGAAUCCCUCACACUCCGACCCCAGACAGUUUCCCAUCUGCCGAUUUGCUCGAUAAGGUCGACAAGGAGAUCUUCAGCAGGUGGCCAGGACUCCAAGAGCAGCCAGCGAAGUACAAGAAGCUGAAGCCCUUGGUAGAGAACGGUGGCAUCUCGACGAAGGAAGCCGUCAACCCCUUCACUCCACAGACAUCGUAUGCCUUGUACCGCUUCGUGGCGCCGCCUUCGCAGAAGUUCCUGGAGCACCGUGAUAUUGCAUUUGCGGGUGUCCUCAUGCACAUUACCGCCGCCAUUAUUGCAAACACCCAAGCCUUGUGGAUUGACGCCUUCUUCCAUGAUAAGCUGCCCGCCGUCAGCAAGGCGACUUCAGACCCUAAGGCGCUGGAAGAGCUGCGGUAUGAAACCGCUUUGCACAACCGGUUCUGCAAGUGGAGGUAUCCGGCGGGCCAUGGCGAUAUGUUCCCUGACUUUGUUUUUGACGCUAUACCGUAUGUCGAUGAACUAGUCCGUGAUUUGGGAUUGAAUGUGUAUAGGAAGAAUGGUAUGAUUGCCGAAGCGUCUGAUCCUUACGGUCCUGAGGAUUACAAGACAUUGGCCGAAGAGUGGGCUCAGAAAGCGGCGGCUUAG